ACGGUUUGUUGUGGGUGUAGAGCGCGCUGAUUGGCUGCCGACGAAGGGUUCAAAGCGGGUCGUUGGUGCUGUGGGGAGAUUUAAACUCGUGAAUGUUUAUUUACCUUCCACUCUGCCCAUUACACCCUUGUUAGCGAGCCAAGCUGGCGGAGAAACAUGGAAGAUGAUAAUGAGUGCCUGAAAGACGUGAUUCUGGAGGAGCUGACGCGGCUGGGGGUGCAGGAGAGCGAGAGAAAGGGCCACCAGAGUGCCAAGCUUCUGGGCAUCUCUAACUCAGCUUCCAAGUCCAGCAAGAGUAAGGGCAAGGGUAAGCGUAGCCCCAAGAUCUCUGGCUCUCGGAGCCCUCUCAAGCAGCCUGCAAAGGGCCGGGAUGACCGCAAACAUACCCCAAAGUCACCAUUCUCCAGUGCCAAGCGCAAGGCUGAAAUCCGAAGACAACAGAAUAAAGAAAAUAAGAGGAAGCAGGUGUUUGGUCGUGAACUUGAACAUGUUCCGUCAGUGUGUGUAUACCUGUCAGAUGGAAUCCAGGUUACCGUACCAGAGUUCUUGGUGGAUGUGUGUAACCUCGUUCGACGAAAUAUUACCACUGAAGGAAUCUUCCGUAAAGCUGGAUCAUCUCAGAGGCAGAGCAAUGUAAAGAAACUAAUAGACAGUGGGAGCAGCCUUUCGAACAGUGUUCAUGUGAUAGAUGCGGCGUGCCUGUUGAAGCAGUUCUUGCGGUCUCUACCUGACCCGCUUUUAUCAUCUGACGUCCACUCCAAGAUUGUCAAAUGUAUGGAUCUGGUACAGGAAGCAAGAAUUGCGGCUAUUGUAUUAUGUACAUUGCUACUGCCCCGAGCACAUAGAUAUACACUAGUGUACCUGAUGGAUUUUUUUUCAGAUGUGGUAGCAGCAAGUGGAAGCAACCUGAUGGAUGCUCGAAACUUGGCAAUAGUGCUGGCACCUAAUCUCUUGCCAACAACAUUCACUCCUCCGGCCUCUAGCUGGAAAUCAUCUGGCCAUUCAUUGCCAUCUGAGGAUGUAAUGUUGGCUACCAACAUUGAGAUUUUGCAGUUGUUGAUUGAGAGUGCUUCAUUGGUGGGUCGCAUGCCUAGCAAUGUUGCUCUGGCUAUUGAACACCGAGAAAAAAGUCAGUCAACUGAAAAUCUUUUGGCGCCCCAAUCACAUUCUGCAUCCAGAAAGAAACGUCGAAGUGCUUCAAUACAUAGGCUGAUGACAGGAUUACGGCGUGUAGUUGGGCAUACAAGGCCAGACUCUACCUCCCCUCUCCAUACUGCUGGGAGUAUUGAGAGACUUGAUACCUUACACUUACAUCCAGGUGUAGCGCUCUCCCCAAUGCCAGGAAGUGAACCAUCUCCACGAAAACGCAAAUCGGCCGAUGCGUUUGCUCUCUCCCUUGAAUCAGUGAGGGACCAAGCUGUUGAAACCAACCCUCUGUUUACACCUCCAACUAGCAAGAGAGCCAAAGUUGACAUUCAAGUGGGCACUGUUGCUACCUCUGCUACUACUGCUGUGGAUGCUGCACCUUCUGUUUCUGCUAGCCUUCCUCUUCCUGUUUGCUCAACUCCUUCACUCAAUAAGAAGCAGAACCUUAAGAUGGGUCAGCCCUGUGCCAUUCGAGAGAUCACGGGCUCACAGAACGUACUCUCCCAACAGUCUGGCCAAUACUCCCUCGUGGGCAACUCCAGUCAGUCUCUCAAGAGGUCCACUUCCGUUAAAAUCGGAACGUUCCCCAAAUCCCCGAGUACUAACCUACACACAAUCCACCCUGGUUUAGAGAGGAAGAGCUUUGGUCAAGUUGAUCCUCUACGAAUUGGAACAAUGGGACACAAAAAGAAUGCCCUGUCACAGGUUGUUCGAAUGAUGUCACCAGUUACGAGGCCAGUAAUAAAACGAAGAAGCUGCGAUAUUCCACUGAGGAGCAGUGCCAAGAGAGCUAACUGUUCUGAAGAACCCAUUCGAGUUACACGUAGGAACAGCAGCAAUGGAUGGAGAAUUAAUUUUAAUGAACCAGAUGGUGCAGAUGGGGCUACCUUGGGAUCACGUGGGGUACCCGAUGGAGCCGAGUGCACUCUUCGUGGCCAGUUAGUUCCAAACCCUGUGGUCAGUAAUUCCAUAGAAUCACUAGAGCAGCAGUAUGAUGAUAUAAAGUCUGUUCUGAAAACUAUGGAAGAUGAAUUUGAUAAGAGUAAUGUUCAACAGAUGAAAGAAGUAUUUUUUCCAAAUAGUUCCUCAACAUCUGCACAAAAUAUGAGUUACUCUGAAAUGAUUCAGAGUGCUUAUGAGCGUAUGAAAGUAGAAACAAAGGAGCUUGGCAUCAGUCCUUCAGACAGCUUGUCAAAAAGGUUGGGAAAGGAGCUCAAGAUUCGCAAGAGAAAAAGUGAGGAACACCGAGUGAUAAGAUCACCAAGCGAGCGAAAAAUUGGCACCAUCAGACGCCGAUCAAGAGAGUUAGUGCAGAAUGCUGCUAAAAGUAGUGUUAAUUUGGACGAUACACCUGCAAGUAAAUUACUUCAAACACCAAAGAUGAAAGGUUCAUUACUGCAAACUCCGAUAAAUGCCUCCUUACGAAGAGGUAGACCAAAUUCUGUGAAGUCAGGACUUCCAUAUGUGGUGCGCUCCUCUGCAAAUGUUAUUUCCAACUCCCCAAUAACUUUUGAAGAAACACCCAAAAGUCGCAAGGUGAUAGUUAACAAGAGGAAUGAUGGCUCUAGUAAUAUAAGAAAAAUUUAUAAUGAUGGUACUGGUGAGCAACCGUCACUAAACGUGAACGUGUCUGAUACGAGUGGUAAUGGAAGCUUAAUUGGCAGUUUCCUUGAUAACCUUCCUGGGCCAAUGACACGUAGGAGGUCGAGUCUUUUAUCGCUGGUUACUGCUGUUCCGGUGUUAAAGUUUUCUUCAACAGAAACAUCAUUAAAUGAUGACUAUCAAAUGGGUAAUGGUAAUAGUUCUUUAAAUAUGUAUAAUACCUCAGAUAUAAAUAUGGAAAUUGACGAACAGGUACACACUGAAGAAAACUUAGAAACCCAAAAAAGUCAAUCGGCAAUGUCGGUCCUUGCUGGAGAAGAGCAGUGGAUGACUGCUACUGAAUUUGUCAACUGUGUAGGGGAUCAAGAGAGCUUAAGAGAAGAGGAGAGUAUUGGAAGACCUUCACUUGCAGCACUGAUAAAACAGAAAAAAGUAACUGCCAAUGUACAGCUCUUCAACAACUUAAAUAUAGGGAGUCCUCACCAGCGACGUCAGUCACGACGGCUUCGCAGCACUCCUCUUCAGCUUCCUCCUGAACAUUCGUCGUCUUCGGAGCACAUUGUAACUAGGUUAAAUUACUCAAAAAGUAUGUCUCACCGCUCCACCAUGACGCCACGGGAACUGUUGAAGGCUAGGCAGAAAUCAUUCCAAUUUGAUAGAGCUCCUCAUAAUCUUGCCAGAAUUGCUGUAGUGUCACCACUAAAAGAAAGUACUUGGAUCAAUAUUCAGCAAGAACAUUCUCAUGAAACCCCAAAGGCUUACAGAGGAGAAGCCACAUUUCCUAAUACGCUAUUGAGAAAAGAGGAUUCGAGAUUUAAAGCUCCAGAGAGUCCCAUUACUUUUGUUACUCAUAAUAAAAAUGCCCUUGGGACCUCUCAAUUGGCUGUAACGGAAACUUCAGUCAAUCCACCAAAGCUUCCUCCUCGUUCCUCUGUAAAGCCUUCACCCAUUAGGGUUCAAUAUAGAUAAUACCAAUAUUUUUGUUAAUUGGUGAUCUUCCAUUUGUUGCAUUUCCAGAAUUUAUUUAAAGUGUCAACAUUACUUUAGAAAAUUCUUGAGGGUUGUGUAUUACAAACUUUACUUUCUUUUUAUUCAUAUAUUUCUGUACUCUUUGAAACAUCAAUACAGCUAAUUGCAAAUCUAAGUACAUUGUAUUUUAUUUCACAAGCAUAUUCCAUUGACAUCUUUGAUUAUUUGGAAAAACAUCUGUACUGUAACUAUCAUAAUCUGUCCCAGGGAUCACAUCACUUUCCUAUUUUUGUACUAAUUUCCCUUUCUGCAUGAUCCCAAGUUUGCACAAUACCAAUCCUGAAUAUUUUAAUUUCUUGACUGCUUCAAAUACUUGAACAAAUUAUUUUGAUAUUGCUCUGCAUGGUUGCACAUAUAUUCUGCAGUGAAGGUAAAAGAAUUCCCACACUUGGCAUUCUAAUAUCUACUCCCUGUGCCCUUAAUAUCUUGUAUCGUAAAUAUUUUUAGCUUGAACAAGCCUUAACAAUUCCUAGUGUCUCCAAGCUUGGUGCCUUCAGUUGAUAUUUACUUGUGCUCUCAUUACUGAAUCACCAAAAAGGUCAGGAUCAGCAGGGACUGUGCCUCUCCAUCUUGCUCCAGAAAUUUUCCUGUCCUUCCCACUCUUGCUUCCAUUCCUGAGAUAUCUGAUAGCUUUGCCCAUAUACAACUUAAAAAGACUUGAUUGAAUGAUAAUAUUCCUUUCCCAACUUUUAUUUCAAAGGUUGGUCUUCCAUUACUUUGAUAAUUACUUAGUCUUCCAUUACAUUUGAUGCAUAUUUCAGCUCUUAAAACAUUUUAUUACAGCUAAUAACUAUCCUUUUACUUGAGACAUAAACCCUCUCAUAAUGCAUUUGAGUUCAUUCUUUCAUGUACUUUGUCCUAGAUCCAUUAAUGCUACAGUUUUUCUUUGAAACAUAUUGUUUUCACUAGUCUUAACAAAACAAUAUCCUAUAUAUAUGCAUCCUUAACUAUUCCUAAAGGCUUGCUAAUUAUUUAUUCCACAAUCUGUUAAUUUCCUCACCACUAUUACUACUUAUCCACACAUUUUUCCCUGAUAAUUCAGCACUGUGUUUGGUAUGUUAAUCUAUAAUUUAUGUAUAAGUUUUACCAUUGUUCAGCCAUUUUCUAUUUUCCAAGCAUACUCUCAAAUGUCGGCCAAUCUCUAUAUAAUCAUAACACCCCUGCAUUUUAUCGUGCUACUCAUGGGGUUCUCACCAAUGAUUUGUCCAGUAACUGAACUGUGGUUUAUGACAUUGAUCACUUUACUAGAUGUGCGAAAAACACUGAAUUGUUUUACAUGUUUAUAUUUUGGCUUGGUUCAGCUUCUGGUGUUAGCUAGGAUCCAUGUUUACACACA